GAUGUAGUUAUCACGCAACGUUUAUAAAUCUGGUCAAAAAUGCAUAAGUUUGAUCAACUAAGUGGACUUUCAUAAAACGGACAAAAAGUGCAAAAGUGUAUAUCUAAACUAUGCUAACUAUCUAAUCAGUGCUUAAACCAAGUGACAAAAUUUAAAUGUUUAAAUAAUAAAUAAAAAAUAUCUUACUAUAUCAUGUCAUAUUCAGAAGACUCAGUGUUAUCCAUCUUAUCCCACCAUCUGAACGAUUCUUUUAGUCUGGAAGACAUCAUGGGCAAGUUGAACAGUUCUGAGGAAUUGAAGUGUUUGUUGAUGCAGGAGGAAGAAAAACAGAUGGUCAACUCCAAAGUUGGCGAAGACAAUGUUGUUCAAUGUAAUACUUAUUGGGAUAGUGUUUUGUGUUGGACGUCUACACCAGCUGGAACUACCGCUGUAAAGAACUGUAUGAAGGAGCUGAAUGGAGUGGAAUAUGAUACUACACAAAAUGCUACGAAAUUCUGCAACUUAGACGGAACCUGGAACAAUUACACAAAUUAUUCAGAAUGCAAACGAAUAACGCAUUUACCUGUUCACGAUUUUCUGGAAGGAACAGAAAUACCCAGCAUAAUAUAUUACAUAGGAUACACAAUAAGCCUGGUGGCUUUAGGUCUGGCAGUUUGGGUGUUCCUGUACUUCAAGGACCUUCGAUGUUUGAGAAAUACAAUUCAUAUAAAUUUGAUGUGCACAUACAUGAUGGCAGCCUUGAUGUGGAUUUUAACAUUAACAUUACAGAAUUGGAAGUUAACUGCAACUCCUGACAACACUUCAUGUGUGUUUCUAGUAAUUCUCCUGCACUAUUUCUCUCUGACAAAUUUCUUCUGGAUGCUGGUUGAAGGAUUAUAUCUAUAUAUGUUGGUCGUGGAGACUUUUACAAGAGAAAAUAUCAAAUUGCGAGUUUAUUUGCUCCUCGGCUGGGCUGCACCAGCAUUAUUCAUAUUGGCUUGGGCUAUUGUCCGAAGUACAGUUCCACCUUCGCCUACAGAUGAAUCAAUGUCCCUGAUAAUUGGAAAUAAUCCACAUUGCUCGUGGCUUGGGGAACAGGUAUACGAUUGGCUGUACCAAGCUCCCGCCUGUCUCGUCCUGGUGAUUAACUUGCUGUUCUUAUUUCGAAUCAUGUGGGUUCUCAUAACGAAACUCCGUUCGGCCAAUACCCUAGAGACCCAGCAAUACCGGAAAGCUAGCAAGGCUCUUUUAGUGCUGAUUCCACUAUUGGGUAUAACUUAUCUUCUGGUCAUAAUGGGUCCCACCGAGGGCAUUUCCAGACACAUUUUCGAUAUUGCCAGAGCUCUGUUACUUUCCACACAGGGAUUCACCGUGGCUUUAUUUUAUUGCUUCUUAAAUACAGAAGUUCAAAAUACUUUAAGACACCAUGUUGAAAGAUGGAAGACUGCUCGAUCAUUAAAUGGAGGUUCCAGAAGAAAAUAUAGCAGAGAAUGGUCUCCCAGAUCUAGAACUGAGAGUAUUCGGUAA